AAAGUAACUAGAACGUUUCAAAUCUGGUUUACCCGUGAAUUAUAUACCUGUGGAACGUCGAGAAACCUUUGAAGACUUCAAUAACGCCGUGAACACCUCAUCAAUCGCAAGUCUUUGAGAUUGAGCUCGCCCAUAAAAGAGGAACACCAGUCGGAAGAGUAGACCCUAAGCUGGCUCAUCCUUCAGACCAAAGCUAUACCCAUUCUACGCCUAACCUUUAUACCAGCUCAUCGUGUAUACCUCACAUCCAUCAUGCACUGCCUACCUCUCAUAUUCCUUCUCCUCCGUGUGGUAGUCGCGGCACAGAUCAGGGGCUAUCCGUGCGUGGGCGUUUCGCAAAACCUCACGAUAUCGCGGUUCUCUGGUCUGGCAGUUUUCAUCCCGUCCGACGAGCUCCUAGUGUUCCGGCUUGAAGCAGCAAUUAUCAGCCCCGAAAUCGUUCCUGAUAUUAACUCUACAACUAACAGGUUCACCACAUUGCAUGUUAGAAUAGUAGAUCUCGCGGGGAACGUCACCGAUGAGUAUCUUCGGCUAUGUGAUUAUAUCACCGUGUUGCCUCUGACCGCAAAUGCGAAUGGAAGCAUUUCUUGGCCAGGUGAAUUCGCGGGAUUCCCAGGCCUUGGUGGACCCAUAAAUAGCACAGGAGGCCAUCCCGGCUACCCGUUUGAACCAAAUGAAUCUCAUCCUUACCCCUCAGUCCCCCCUUCAUUCAUGCCCCAGCCACCUGCCAACAUCUCGCAUGUUCGCGCCCCCAACGACACAUCCUGCCCGCUCUACUUUGGUGACCGCUUUGUCCUCACGUACACUUUCCAUGCGCGCGACUACCGCUCGCGCGGCGCGUACACGGCCACAUUCUCCAUCCUCAGCGCCGAUGCGCAACCACGCAAACUCGCAUGCAACACCUUUGCUGUAACGCUCCCCAGCGCUACCUGGGUGGGAAUCUUCCCCGUGACAGCGGUGGCCGCGCUCAUUGUGUUCACCAUCUGCACCCACGCGUUCAUCAUUCAAAACUCUCCCUUCCAAGAAUCCUCUAACCCGUUUCUCUUCACCGUCUCGUCCCUCUGUAAUGGGCCGUUGCUCGACCUUCUUACGCCCAGCUACACAGACGUCAUCGCGUACUUUCAGCUCGUGUACUUUCUUGCGGGCUUGCACCUCCGCUACCCGGGCUAUUUCCGGCCGGCGAUGAAGAAGUUUGCGUACAUCCUGCUCAGUGACAUUCCGUUUGUGGGCAAGACAGUCCCAGCGGUGCGCGACCACGUGUAUGUGGGGUACUACGAGACGGGGCUCAAGGCAAUCCUCGUUUUUUCGUCGGGGUACGGGGGAAUCGCGUCAUACGCGUGGAUUAACUUUGUAAUUGCGUUUUUAAUUGCAACGGUGGUGGCUAUGGCGGCGGGGCAGGCGCAUCUAUAUAUGGCGACACGGCGCCAUAAUGCGCGUGUGCGCGACCCUUCUGCACGUAUCCACCUUUCCCAAAACCGCAAGCGCAACGUACUCCUCCUCCUCGGCUACUUUUACAUUGGCCUCUUCCAAAUUUUUUCCCUUCCCCUCUCUGUCUGGACGCUCUACCAGAUCCUGGAGCUCAUCCAGGUCGAUGCCUUCUUUCCCCAGCGCCAUAACAGCAUGGUCUGGUCCACCGCGCUCAGCAUCCUUGUCGCAAUUGUAGUGUUCUUCCAUCUCGUGUUCCUUCUCUACAACAUAGUGCGCCGCCGUGAUCGCCUCUACAACUCGCUCACGUUCAUGCUCCUCUAUGGUGCGCUCUACAGUCGCGUGCGUCCCACCAAGUUGUACUUUCUCGCGGUGACUUGCGGUGUCGGCUUCCUCCGCGCGGUUGUAAUCGCAACCAUCGCCAAUGGCUUCAUCCAGGUGAUACUAUUAGCCAUCUUUGAGAUCUUUCACAUGUGUGUGUUGGUCGCCAUGGGCCCCUACCACCUCCACACACUUCUCAGCUGGCACGUGCUCUUCCCGCUCGGCUGCCGCUUCUUGGUGGUGCUUCUCUGCAUCGCGUAUGUGCCGGAGUUGAACUUAACCGAGCACGCGCGCGCUAUUAUCGGUCUCUUCCACUUUGCCAUCCACGGCAUUGUUUUCAUUUACUUUUUGAUUCAAAACAUCAGGGUGAUUGUACUCACCGUGAAAGCGAGAAAGAACGAAAGCUUGUACGAGGAGGCAAAUAAGACUGAGACUAGUCAGAUGGGGAGCACAGGCUCCACCGACAGUGUGGACGAUGUGAAUAGGUUCUACCGUGGUGCUAGAGUGACCCCUGAAGUCCAGAAUAGCUUUUCGCCAGUGGUUGGAACAGAGCCGUGGUCACCUGAGGAGCUGGAAAUCUUCAGUAUGGGCAUGUCGGGCACAAGCUUGCCGCGUGCAAACGUGUCGCACGUUGAAUUGUUUGACCAGCAUUUCCCCGGAGUUUAUAACCUGAGCGUGCGCGACUACACAUUCCGUGAGAGCGAUCUUCGCUACAAAAAAGCGGCUUUCAAGGUUGACCCUGAGGUCCAGCAGUUGUGGGAGACCCGACGCCACCACCGCCAGGAGCGUAACCCGGUGUCUGGAAGAGAGAGUACGACGUAUCAAAGAGAGGAAUACCAGAGGGACCGGUCUUAUCAAGGAGCGGAAUUGUCUAGAGAAAUGGACGAAAGGGAUGUGCAUCAGCAGAGAGUACCGGAGAGCGGUAGAAUCAUGCUGGUACUUGCUUCAUUGGGCAGCUUUGUGAAAGGGUUCCGUCCGGUGCAAAGCGCCCCGAUUCAGAGUUUCCAGGUUUCGCGUCCAAAGCCGAUUGUGCUUCGGCCCGUGAGCUAUGCGAAACGGCACGAAUCGGCGGAUGAAACGUUGAUACUGCCCAUACUGCCUUUCAAGGCCCACAAGGAGGUUGGUAAUCCGUUUGAUGUGACUGUGGAGGAAGAAGAAGCUACAAAGAGGCGUCUUAGGGAUUCGCAAAUCGAGAUGGAUGAGUUUGACUUUUCGUACUAGGAGAUAGCUUAUUGUUAAUAGUACUCGGAUAAAAAGA